GCAGCAGCAGAAGCAGCAGCAGCAGCAGCAGCAGCAGCAGCAGCAGCAGCAGCAGCAGCAGCAGCAGCAGCAGCAGCAGCAGAAGCAGAAGCAGAAGCAGAAGAAGACUCUGAUCCAGUCACCGAAUCAGGGUGAUGGCUUUCCUUCCCAGCCUAUCCAUGGAAACCUGGACUUUACUAGUGGCUUGUGGCACUCUGCUGCUAUUAUAUGGGAUCUGGCCAUAUAGCAUUUUUAAGAAGCUGGGUAUUCCUGGGCCAAGGCCUCUUCCAUUCUUUGGGACAUUUCUUGAAUAUCGUAAUGGAAUUUUGGACUUUGACCAGAAAUGUUUUAAGAGAUAUGGCAAAAUGUGGGGGUUUUAUGAUGGCAGAGUGCCUGUCCUAGCCAUUAUGGACCCAGCCUUCAUCAAAAUAGUUUUAGUGAAAGAGUUUUACACACUCUUCACCAACCGUCGGAAUUUUGGUUUAAAUGGAAAUUUGGAGUCUGCCAUCACCGUUGCUGAAGGAGAGAAGUGGAAGUGGAUCCGGACCAUUAUAUCCCCAACAUUUACGAGUGGGAAACUCAAAGAGAUGUUUCCUCUUAUCAAACACCAUGGAGAUGUUCUGGUGCAAAACAUCAAGAAGAAAGUGGCCAAAGAUGAGUCUGAGAAUAUGAAGAAUGUAUUUGGGGCCUACAGCCUAGAUGUCAUCACCAGUACAUCUUUUGGCGUGGACAUCGACUCCAUUAACAACCCCAAUGACCCCUUGCUUGUCCGCAUCAAGAAGCUGCUCUCUCUCAGCUUUUUAAGUCCUCUCUUUAUCUUAAUAAUGGUGUUUCCUUCUCUUGUGCCCAUAUUGAACAAAAUGAAUUUGAGUCUCUUCUCUAAAGAAAUUGUGACCUUUCUUGAGAACUCAGUACGGCGUAUCAUCAAAGACCGGCAAAAAAACAACAGCAGGGAUCGGAUAGAUUUCUUGCAAUUAAUGAUUGACUCCCAGGCCAUGAAUGAUCCUGGAUCUGAGGAGAGGAAUAACUCCCCAAAAGCUCUAACUGAAGUGGAGAUUGUUGCUCAGGCAGUUACCUUUCUUUUUGCUGGCUAUGAAACUACAAGCUCAACCCUCAACUUUGUUGCUUAUAACUUAGCCACCCAUCCUGAAAUCCAGAAGAAACUCCAUGAGGAGAUAGAGCAUAAUCUACCAAACAAGGCAGCCCCCACCUAUGAUACCAUCUUCCAGAUGGAAUAUCUGGACAUGGUGGUGAAUGAGACACUCAGGCUUUUCCCUCAAGGAGGACGCAUAGAGAGAGUCUGCCAGAAAACUACUGAAAUCAAUGGGGUAACCAUUCCCAAGGGGACAGUGAUGAUGGUCCCUGUCUAUGUUCUGCAUCAUGACCCAGAGUACUGGUCAGAACCUGAAGAGUUCCGUCCUGAAAGGUUUGAUGAAGAAGGAAGAAAAUCCAUCGACCCAUAUGUAUUCCUGCCCUUUGGAGCUGGUCCUCGGAACUGCAUUGGAAUGAGAUUUGCCCUGCUGACCAUGAAGACUAUCCUGGUCAUGCUCUUACAGAAUUUCACAUUGGAGCCCUGUAAAGAGACCCCGAUUCCCUUGGAAUUAGACACAAAGGGUUUUAUGCAGCCCAAGAAGCCAAUCAUUCUGAAGCUUGUGCCUAAAACAAGACUUGAUUCUGAGGAAUAGAAAACAAGGGCUUGAAGUCAUCAAAAGAAGUCUCUUCACUCUCCUUUACCCUCGCAUCACUCCCUGAACCCCAUUAAUAAAGAAUAAUAAUUUA